AACAACAUAAUCCGGCUGUCGCGGCUGUAAACAGGCCGUUUUCGCAAUCUGGGCAGAACACAACACCAGAUAACUUUGCUACUCGCACCUUGUGCUACGGAGAAGGUGAAAUAAAUCUUAUUGCGAUUAGACAAUUACAAUGGUAUGUCUUCUUCAGCCUCUCAGCAGUGGGAUCUAAUAGGUGAUGUAAAGACACAUAACCCUGACAAUCAACGGUAUGGUUUAUCAAGAAUGAGUUACAUGAACGAUGGCGGCAUAUCUUCAGAGAAUAAGUUACCAAACCAACCGCCUCCUGUACCAAGACGACCUAAUGCAGGUGGAUUGUUGUCACAGUCACCUUCGUUAUACACUCCAGGGUAUGGUAGUAGUAUGUAUGGGAAUCCAUACCAAAGCUUUAUGUAUGGUGGACCCAGUAUGGGUUACAGCGGAUAUGGAAUGAGAGGAAACUAUGACGGUAGUAACUCUAUUCUUGGUGGUGUUGAAGAUGUAACGCAGUCAGCAUUUGAAUCUGUUGGUUCUGUCAUACAAGCUUUUAGUUCUGUUAGCAUGAUGCUCGAAUCGACUUUGUUUGCAUUACAACAUUCAGUGCGAGCAAUCGUGAGUGUAGCUGAUCAGUUUAGUCAUCUGCGGCUUCAUCUUCUUACAAGUUGCAUUUCAAUGCUUCGCACGAUUAAAUAUUACUUCAACAAACUGAUGGUACUCUUUCACGUACGAAAUAAGCAAACGGAUGAAAGCAUAUGGAAAGAAGUAAUGCAAGGAGCAAACUCAACUGGUGACACAAAACAAUGGCCUGUGGUAUUGUUUUUCGCAAUUGUAGUUGGAACUCCAUGGUUGAUGUGGAAACUUCUCCGCAACGUUGUGUCGACUCAGGAUGUGAACAGCAAGUGGCAGAAAGGUGUUGGCGAACACUACUUAGCUGAAGUGAAAUUUUCUUUCUCUGCUGAAAAUCGUGACGAGUUGUCUAUUACUUGUGGAGAUAUAAUUCGUAUUGCUCCAAAGAAUAAGCAGCCACGCGUAAGAGGUUGGAUUCUAGCUUCUGAUGGCGAAAAUCAAGGAAUAGUUCCCGCGAAUUAUAUAACAAUUUUAGGUAAAAAUCGUAGCAACACGUCAAAGGAAGAAUUAAAGUUUAAGGAGAAAAAUAAAGAUAAAACGCGCAUGAUUACACAGACAGAAGCACUUGACAAACUAAAUGAAGCAUGGAGUAGCCCAACAGAUCAAAACGACACUUCAUCUUGACAUGAAGCAACGUGUUAAUUGAUCGUGUUAAAUAUAUAUAAUAACCACGAUAUAAUAUAACGAUAUAGCUAUAUAAUAACCAAUUGAUUGUACUCUUUACCAAAGCUUGGUCGUAUUUGACUCUCGUAAAUUUUAACGCACGAAUUUUCCUCUCCACAAGGGAAAUUCGUGAAGAGAUUUUUAUAUAUCUUAAUCAUUGCAAUGACAAUUUUUUUAAAAAAAUAUAUAUAUUAUUUCCA